UUUAAAGGUAGAAACGCUAACACAUUGUGGGUCUUCCUUCGUUACUAUAACUGUGUUUACGUAAGCCAUUUUCGUUCAAUAGAGUAUCAUGUUACUUGGUAUCGUACUCGCUACCGCAGACACAAAACUGGUUUACAGUGUACAUGCACUGAUGUUAAACAGUACAAAUUAUUCACAGUCAUGAAUCGUGAGAGACUACCGCUUAUUUUCAAAGACAUCAAUUCGGAUUUGUCACUUUUGUUUGCUACAUUAUGUGUUAUCGACAUAUUCGGCGUUUUUCCGAUUAUUGCACUACCACGUUCAAUUGUGCAAUGUGGAUUGUAUGGGAUUCCGUUGGUACUUGUUGUACUAGCUUUGCAAAUUUAUACCGCUAUUCUUCUCGGUAAAUCAUGGAUUAUCGCAACUACUUUAGAUCCGCAAAUUUUGAGAAAAAAUCGAAAUCCUCUUGCGGCUGUAACCGAAUUAACUUUAGGUCCUCGAGCAAGAACCUUGGUCACUAUAAUUCUAGAUUUUACGGUUUUUGGAUGUAGUAUACCUAAUUUAUUGGUUGCUUCGCAGAACUUACAAAUUUUUGGACUGAAAAUUUCGGGACAACGAUUUGACCUAUCUUUUUGCUAUUGGCUUUUAGUCGUAGGUGUUCUUUUAUGCCCAAUUUUAUGGCUCGCCAGCCCUCGUGAUAUGAAAAUAUUGGCUUUAUUCUCCUGCACAACAGUUGUACUGACAGCAUUAUUAAUAUGGUGGUGUAUAAUUACUGAUAAUCGAGAACUUAAUGUUACUCCAAUAUCUACUUCUCCCUCUUGGGACAAGUUUAUUUCUGGGUAUGGGAUGUUAGCAUUUCAAUUUGACAUACAUCCAACAUUAAUGACUGUGCAAGUGGAUAUGCGUCGACCUCAAGAUAUUAACAAAGCAGUUGUAAUUUCUUUCUUAGUUAGUGGUUCACUAUUUGUUAUUACUACUACUUUGGUUGUCUGGAAAUAUGGAGGUAGUACAACAGCUAACGUCCUGCAAAUAGUUCCAGGAAGUUUUGCAGUAAGUGCUGCAGUUCUUGUUGCAGCUCUCCAAUUAUGUCUUUCUAGUGCUCUCGGUCAUUCAGCUCUUUUCCAAGAUUUGGAGGACCAAUGUAACAUCAAAAGAAAAUUUGGAUGGAAACGAUGUGCUAUAAGAUCAGCUAUUGUGUUUCUUGGUGUAGUUGUAGGAGAAUCUGUACCAAGAUUUGACAUUGUGAUGGCACUGAUUGGGGGAUCUUUAACUGGUCCAUUAGUCUUUGUAUUACCACCUUUGGUAUAUUCAAAAGCAGUUGCCCUGAAAGCAAGAUCUAUGCGACCUUUAACUCCUGAAGUGUACUCAGGUUCUGAGAGACGUCAAAGUAGUGAAGGCAUGUCUACUGAUCCAAGAAUUCAUUCCAGAUCAAUUUAUUAUGGUGUCUUAAGUGUACCCAAAACUGAAUAUCAUCGAUAUUCGUAUGUUUAUUAUGACGAGUUGGAAGAUGAAUUCGAUGAAAUUAUGGAUUAUGAAAAUAGUCCUAUAGACUCUGGACAAGUCACUGAGGAAUUUUUAAUGACAAAAAGAAUUCACGAUAGCGGACCAGUAUUUGUAGAUGCUAGUCAACCUUUGAGCGUUUAUAAAAGAGCUGGGUUUCCUAAAGAACCGAUUUCGAAAUCAGUGAUACGUUAUAAUUGUCGAAGAUGGAAUGAUUGGUUCGGUUAUUUAAUUGUGUUUUUUGGUAUUGUCAUUACCAUUUCUUCGACGUAUAUCAAUAUAAAAAAUACUAUACGCUAUGUACAAUUCACGCCAUCAUGUAUCGCGAACGCUACCGUAGUACAAAAUCCCGCAUAAAAUAAUGCUUUUACGUUAACAAAGAAAAAGAAGUAACACACAAAUUUUUUAAAUUUUUAUAGAUACAGUGGUGUCAGCUUAAAUGUCCACUAACCAGGAUCGAGUAUGGAUAUUUAAGGAGUGAGGUUUAUUUCAGAAAUUGAACGAUUGUGCCUCACACUGCCAUACAUAAAUAAACAAAAAUGAAAAAUUAUAUUUUAUGCAUUCUUUUCCAUUAAGGUGAUAGAUCGUGGAUAUUUAA